GACAUCUGAAAGGAAGCAGCAACCACACAGAGCAAUCUGCUCCAUUUUACAGAUUGCAGUAUCAUACUCUGACUGCUCAUCCGGUUAUGGCUUUGCCAGUAUACUAUCUUAGUGAAUAACAUCAAAAUGCAUUGUUUCAGAGAUAUUUUAUAUUCAUUAGGAGACCAGAAAUCGCUUGGAUCUGAAGCAGGAGCUGAAGAAGGAACUGGAAUCCAUCUGGAGAACUCCUCAGCCUUUUGUGUGGACAAACAGCAGGGUCUGACACGGUUGAUGGCCGAUCGAGUGCUUGUGAUUGGCAGCGGAGGGAGAGAGCAUGCGCUGGCCUGGAAGUUGGCCCAGUCUCCACAUGUAAAACAUGUGUUUGUUGCUCCAGGAAAUGCAGGAACAGCUGACAAUGGAAAAAUUUCAAAUUCAGCUGUAUUAGUGAGCAAUCACACUAUUGUUACCCAGUUCUGCAAAGAUCAUAACAUUGGGCUUGUGUUAGUUGGACAAGAAGCUCUUUUGGCAGCUGGGAUUGUUGAUGACUUGAGAGCAGCAGGAGUUAGGUGUUUUGGACCAUCUGCAAAAGCAGCCCAGCUGGCAUCCAACAUCAGUUUUGCCAAAGCCUUUCUGGAUCGACAUGGGAUCCCAACAGCAAGAUGGAAAGCCUUCACCAAUCCCCAGGAGGCUUGUAGGUUUAUUAUCAGCACAGACUUUCCUGCACGAGUUGUACGGGCAAGGGGCCCUGCUGCUAGAAAAGAAGUGACUAUUGCAGCCAGCAAAGAGGAAGCCUGCAGAGCUGUCCAAGAGAUGAUGCAGGACGGAAUGUUUGGAGAGAUGGUUGUUAUUGAAGAACUUCUUCAAGGGGAAGAACUUUCUUGCUUGUGCUUCACGGAUGGUGUCACUGUUGCCUCAAUGCCCCCAGCCCAGGCCCACAAACGAUUAUUGGAUGGUGACCAGGGUCCAAACACUGGAGGGAUGGGAGCCUACUGUCCGGUUCCACAGGUUCCAGAAGUUCUUCUAGAGAAAAUCAAUGAUGCUAUCCUUCAACGUGUUGUUGAUAGUAUGAGACAAGAAGGAACAGCAUAUGUAGGUGUGCUGCAAACAGGUUUAAUACUUACCAGAGAUGGUGUGAAAAUUUUAAACUUUAAAUGUCAGUUUGGUGACCCUCAGUGCCAGGUAAUUCUUCCACUGCUUAAAAAUGAUUUUUAUGAAGUGAUUCAAGCAACAAUUGAUGGCAAGCUCUGCAGCUUCAUGCCAGCCUGGUCAGAAAAUAGUACAGCUGCCUGUGUGGUCAUGGCAAGUCCAGGAUACCCAGGAGACUAUGACAAAGGCAUGGAGGUAACAGGGCUGCUGCAAGCCAGAGAGUUAGGGCUGCAGGUGUUCCAUGCUGGCACAACGCUGAAGGAUGGCAGAGUGGUGACAAGUGGUGGCAGAGUCCUCUCCAUUACUGCUGUUAAGGAGGACCUGAUGAAAGCCCUGGCAGAAGCCAACAGGGGUGUAGCGGCCAUACAUUUCAAGGGUGCCACUUACAGGAAGGACAUUGGACAUCGGGGUAUACGGCUCCUCAAAGUGUCUCUGGGUCUAAUAUACAGAGAGAGACGUGUGGAAACUGUAACCAGUGAUGUUUUGUUUCAUCAGCCAGAAACGUCAAUUGUAAGUGGUACCAGAUCAGGCAGUCAUUCAGAAGUAGGAGGCUUUGCUGGUUUCUUUGACUUGAAAGCAUCUGGUUAUGAUGAUCCUAUCUUGGUAUCUCAAACUAAAGGCCUUGGACCUAAACUGCAGAUUGCACAAGUAUGUAAAAGACACGACACCAUAGGUCAGGACCUGGUUGCCAUGUGUGUCAAUGACAUCCUGGCUCAAGGAGCAGAGCCUCUCUUCUUCCUCAGUUACUUUGCCUGUGGCAAACUUGAUGCUGAAGUGACUGAAACAAUCAAAGAAGGAAUAGCUGAAGCUUGCAGAAAUGCAGGAUGUGCUUUCCUGGGCAGGGAGAUGGCUGAGGUGCAUGGCAUGUAUUCUUCUGGAGAGUAUGACCUGGCUGGCUUUGUGGUUGGUGCAGUGGAGCGAGGGCAGAUGCUUCUGCAGCUGCAGAGAGCUGAUGAGGAGGAUGUGCUUAUUGGACUGGCCUCUUCCAGGAUUCACGGUCGUGGCUUUAGCACCAUAAGGAAGAUUCUCUUAAUGUCCUCCUUACACUACUCCUCACCAGCACCUGGCAGUUGUGGUGACAAGACUCUAGGGGACGUGUUGCUGACCCCAGCAAAAAUGUACAGUCCAUCUUUGCUGCCUGUCCUUCGCUCAGGGCAUGUGAAGGCUUUUGUCUUCAUUGCUGAGGAGGGGUUGCUGGAAGGCAUCUCCAGAAUCCUACCAGAACAUGUCAGCGCUGUCCUAGAUGCUCUCAGUUGGAAGAUUCCUGAAAUCUUUUGCUGGCUUUACAAAGAGGGAAACCUCUCUGCAGAGGAGAUGGCUCAGACGUUUAAUUGUGGGAUCGGUGCAGUCUUGGUUGUGCAGAAGGACCUGGCUCAGCAUGUUCUUAAGGACAUACAGAGAUGUGAGGAAGCUUGGCUGAUUGGGAAAGUUGUUGCCCCUUGUCACACAGGAGGUUCUCACAUCGAAGUCGAGAAUCUUCUAGAAGCUCUGCAGCUGAGCAGCCCCCAACAUCUGCUGAAAAACGCUGUUGUUGAAAGUCAACACCAACCCAGAAAGAACAAAGUUAAAGUAGCUGUUCUCAUCUCUGGAACAGGCACAAACCUUGCUGCGCUCAUCAGUUAUGCGAAAGACCCAGGCAGUUGUGCUCAAGUUGUCCUUGUCAUCUCCAACAAGUCUGGUGUGGAAGAACUACGAAAUGCAGCCCGGGCUGGAAUUCCCACCAGGGUGAUUGAUCAUAAGUUAUAUGGAAGUCGCUCUGAAUUUGACAGCACAAUUGACCGAGUUCUUGAAGAAUUUGCUGUUGAACUAAUAUGUCUUUCAGGAUUUAUGAGAAUUUUGUCCAGUCCUUUUCUCAGAAAAUGGAAAGGGAAAGUUUUGAAUGCUUCCCCAUCACUUUUCCCACUAAUCAAGGAUGGAAAUGUCCAUCAGCAAGCCCUGCAAACUGGAUUAAAAGUCACAGGCUGCACAGUGCAUUUUGUCCUGGAGGAAUCUAGUCCAAAAGCAGUGAUCCACCAGGAGCCGGUAUCUGUGAAGGCUGACGACACAGAGGAGACACUGUCAGAAAGGGUUAAAGAAGCUGAGUGUCGGGCUUUUCCCAUCGCCCUGCAGCUGGUGGCCAGUGGAGCAGUGCAGUUAGGAGCUGAUGGUAAAACCUACUGGAAACAAGAGAGCCAAAGUCUGUGUCUUCCAGAAGAGCAGAGAGACUGCACAUCCCCUCUCGCGGCUCUGGAGCCUCAGGAAACCGAUGUGGUGUAGCCAGGUUGAUGAGUGGCUUGCUCUCUGCUCGUCCUGCCCUCCUCCUCCCUGCCCUCUAUGUGCUUCUCUUCGACUGCAGGCGUAUCAGUGUCACGGCUUUCCAUUCUGAGCCGUGAGCCUUUCCCCUCAGCUUGCAGUUUUAGUUACACUCCUUUUGCAAACCUGGCGGUGGAAGCCAAGCUAUCAUUUCAGAUUUUGGAUUUCUCUGUUCUGUUUUUUCACCUGUAAAGGAGAUACUGUGUUACAAAGCAAAGAGGAGGCUUAAGCUGUAAAAAUGGUCUAGUGCUUCAGAGGGAAAUGAAUUCUUCUGAGGGAUCAGUUUUUGUUGGCUGCACCACAUUGCACCAAGAGCUUCACAGAGCAACCACAAACAGGACUCAGGCUGCUGCAACAGGGUGACCCACUCCUGUUGGAUGGAAGAGGCCAGACAUGUCGGGGCAGAUCAGAAGGGAGGCCCAGCCUGGCACUGUGUGGAUUUGGGGGGUGAGCAAGCACUAGGGACAAAUGCAUAGUUCUGUGGGAGAAAGGGGGAGCCUUCAAGAACCUCAUCUUUGUGAGCCCCACCACUGUGGGAGCACCUCAGGGUACAGAGAAGAGGAUAUGCAAACAUGCACCAGUGUGAGGACCAGAGUCUUGUGAGCUGCCAAGCAGGACAUCCAAAGGCCAACAAGGCAGGGAACAUUUAAAAGGCAAAAGAAAAAAAAACAAACAAACAAACAAAAAACCCCCAAACUAACAAACUCCCCUUCAUAGAUUACUUGUCAAUACAGUGUAAUAGUGGCUACUGAACAUACAUCUAGACAUUUUCCCCUGCUCCUUGAAAAGGGACGGUGCAUCAAUAUUCCCAGAAUUUCAUGUUACAACUUUUGGAUCUUGAGGGAUGAAAAUUUGGUUAGGACUAGAAACACCAGAUUUCAGGCAUUUUUCCUCCUUCAUCCUUGAAAUGAGCAGAACAAGACAUCCUCAGCUUAAUUGGCAGUGACGGGAAAAAUCUCUGUUUUCUUUGUUGACUGAAUGAUUGGCUUGGUCCAGAGAGUCACUGCUUUUAAAUAAAACCUUUUUCUGUGGGAAGCUUAUUUUGUAUCUGCCAGAAUAAUGUCUUGCAUGCAAGUAACAAAUGAUAGGAAAAAAGGUAGCUAAGAAGCUGCUUGAACAAACUAGAGAAGAAGUAGCCAGAGCUGAAUUUUCCAGAGGAGGGAUCACUAAUAGCCAUUACACGCAAUGAAAAAAAUGUAUUCUUGCUUUGGUAUUACAUGUGCUGUACUAGUGAGGGACAUACUGUAUAUGUCACUCUCGGCUAUACUAGGCUGUCUGAGAGCAUGAGUCAGCUCCAGUUAAAAUGUCUAAAUUUUUCCUUUUUUUUUUUUUUUUUUUUUAUGUGUAGCUAGUGGUGUUUCAGUAGUUAGGGAGGGGAAAAAAAUUCAGUUUCCUCCUGUAAACUCUGCCAUUUAUGUACAGAAAUCUGUAUUUGUCUUUUGCACACCAAUAACUGGAACAAGGAAUGUGUAUUUUUCAUCAUCUGGGAGAAAAAGGAAGAACCAUAACAAGGCAAGGUUAACAAAUGUUUGGUAUAUAUAGAUAAUUUUUAUGAUACACACGUUGUUUAGUUUGCUUUCAGUCUGUUGUAACUGUGUAGUAACUUCCUGUUGUAUAUUAUUUGAAUUGCAUAGCACGCAUGACUGAAUG